AGCCUCGGCCACGAGCAGCCUCGGGACUCCUCGGAGGCGGGCGCGGCUGCUUUCCCCAAAGGCCCGGAAGAGCCCGAAAGGCCUGUUAGGAGGAGUUUUCAGAUCCCCAGGAAGAGCAGAGAAAAGAAAGCACUUUUCCAGCCAUUAACUCCAGGCUCUCGAGAAUUUGAAGAUGUUUUAAAUAUUCUCCAUUCAUCUUACCUUGAACCAACCUCAGUAGCAAAUUUUAGUUACAAACGUGCUUGCUUGAUACAUAAUGAGCUUUUGGAAAAAGAGUUUACAGAAAAGCGAAGAGAACUGAAGUUUGAUGGUCGUUUAGAAAAGGAACUUUCGGAAUCCUAUGCAUUUCUGAUGGUUGAUCGCUAUCAGGUUCAAAGCAUAUGUGAAAAAGGAUUACAGGUGGGCCAGUCCAAAAUAACAAUUCUUGGCAGUCCUUCCUUGGGUAUUUAUCUUUCUAGGUAUGCUGAUUUAUUACAAGCUAAUCCUCUGGAAGCUGGGACAAUGGGCGAUAUUGUUAUUUUUAAAAUAAUGAAGGGUAAAAUAAAGAGUAUAUAUGACCCCAUGGGUGUAAAAAGUUUGGAAUCUAUGUUAAAUAAAAGUGCGUUGGACCCCACACCAAAACAUGAAUGUCAUGUGUCGAAGAAUGCAAAUAGAAUUACAUCACUUUUGGCUUACAGAGCCUAUGAGCUUACUCAGUAUUACUUUUACGAGUAUGGCUUUGAUGAGCUAAGGCGAAGACCAAGACAUGUUUGUCCAUAUGCAGUUGUUUCUUUUACAUACAAAGAUGAUAUACAAACUCCAAAGUAUGUACCUUCAUCAAGAUCUAACAGCUUUAAUGCAGAUAGAAACAUAGAUAAAUUUAACUACACUUUGUGGAAGGGACAGCUUUUAAAUAAAGGAAAGCUUCUGUGUUAUAUUUCUCUGAGGUCAGCCACUCGUGCUUUUUUACCUAUCAAGCUUCCUGAGAAGCUAGAUGUUGAAACAGUUAUGAGUAUUGAUCUUCUGAAACAGAAAAUCCCUCCAGCACUGUUUUAUAAGGAAACAUACUUAGGUCCAAAUGAAGUUUUGAAAAAUGGAAUGUACUGCAGCCUUUAUGAAGUUGUGGAAAAGACAAGAAUUGGAAGUAACAUGGAGAGUUUACUGCAAAAGCUAGAGAAAGAAAAACUUGUUCUUGUUAAACCGUUAGGAGACCGAGGAUACCUUUUUCUUCUCUCUCCUAAUCAGAUGAUUUCUCCAUAUGAACAUCAAAUUGUGAGGUCUCGAGUCCUACAUGCUUUGUUUCUGUUUCAAGAACCUAGAGGCAUAGUUACUUCACGAAAAGGGUCAAUUAGUGCAACACCACAAGAGAGGCAUGAGAGCAUGCCAGAUGUAUUAAAAAUAGCUCAGUUUUUACAGUUUGCUUUGAUUCGAUGUCGAAAGGAAUUCAAAAAUAUAAACAGUAUAAAUUUUCAUUCUGUUGUUGAAAAAUAUGUAAGUGAAUUUUUUAAGCGAGGUUUUGGUUCAGGUAAACGAGAAUUUAUCAUGUUUCCAUAUGAUUCACGAUUAGAUGAUAAAAAAUUCUUAUACUCAGCUCCAAAAAAGAAAUCCCAUAUUGAUAAUUGUUUGCGCACCUAUAUUUUUCGGCCUGAAAUGUAUCAGUUACCUCUUUGUAAAUUAAAAGAGCUAUUUGAAGAAAAUAGAAAACUUCAGCAGUUUAGUCCACUUUCAGAUUAUGAAGGUCAAGAAGAAGAAAUGAAUGGUACAAAAUUGAAAUUUGGAAAACGGAAUAAUUCCAGGGGUGAAACUAUUUUACCUGGAAAGCAAAAGUCAUCUCAUUCUUUGGAUUAUGAUAAAGAUAGAGUCAAGGAAUUGAUUAAUCUAAUUCAGUGUAGGAAAAAGAAUGUGGGUGGGGACUCAGACACAGAAGAUACAAGAAGCAAAACUAUCUUGAAGAGGAAGCUUGAGGAUCUACCUGAAAAUAAGAGAAAACUCGCCAAAACCAGUAAUUUAUCUGAAAAUUGCCAUCUGUAUGAAGAGUCUUCACUGCCUGUUGGCUCCCUUGGGCAUGAGGCUGACCUAAGACUGCAGCAGCAGGACAGCUGUAACUCUGGCAUGGCCGACAUCCACACACUGUUUAAUUGGCUCUCAGAAACACUAGCAAAUGCACGCCAUUCUGAUGCAUCCCUCACAGACACGGUGAACAAAGCCUUAGGGAUGAGUACUGAGGAUGCCUAUGAAGAGCUGAGGCAACAGCAUGAGUAUGAGUUGAACUCUACCCCAGAUAAGAAAGAAUAUGAACAUCCUACUUGUGUAAAAAUUGAAAAUGCACACUUUAAGGGGACUCAGGUUCCAUUGCUUGAAGUCAAUCCAGCAUCUUUAAAGUAUUCUGUUGCUGUUUCUACUAAUGAAGUAGGUGCUGACCUCAAGCUACAUUUGAAAGAAGAUCCAAAUUUAAUUAGCGUGAAUAAUUUUGAGGAUUGCAGUUUGUGUCCCACUGUUCCUAUUGAACAUGGAUUCUGUAAACAGCAAUCAAAAUCAAAUGAUGUUGAAGAGACGGAAAUACAUUGGAAGCUGAUUCCAAUUACAGGAGGGAAUGCAAGAAGUCCAGAAGACCAGCUGGGGAAACAUGGUGAGAAACAAACACCAGACACACUAAAGGGUACCCCUGAGGAGGACGUGUUGACAGGUCAGGUGGUAACAGUGGAGGAACAGUGUAUGCCAGCCGCAGAGCCGCCUGCAGUGAGUGAAGCCACAGAAAGAACAGUGUUAGGAGAGUACCAUCUCUUUUCUAGGAAGAUAGAAGAGAUUUUGAAGCAAAAGAAUGUUUCUUAUGUCAGUAGAAUUUCCGCACCCAUCUUUUCAACACAAGAGAAGAUAAAACGGCUUUCUGAGUUCGUGUAUUGUAAUUCUUCUAAAGCUGGUGUACAAGAGUUUGUAGAUGGUUUACAUGAGAAACUAAAUACUGUCAUUAUUAAAGCAUCAGCUAAGGGGAGGAAUCAGCCCGCAGUCAGUCCUAGUGAUUCGGGUACUAAGAUAACAUCCAGUCCUCUGGGAACAAAUGUCACACCACGUUCUUCAAGUGACCUGGACAGUAGACAUCUUGGGCCACUCUCUAGUGACUCUUUGAAAGAUACCAACUCUAAUGAGCAGCAUUCCUCUUCAGCUCUGGGUCUGACUGAAGUAGAAAUGAACCAGCCACACCAUGCCUCCAUGGUGACUUUGGAUCCUACUCUACCUGGUGAUGUUCCCCAGGAACCAGGAGAAAAAGAAACAAAAUCACCUGGUGAUGUAAACAUUUCUGCCCAACCAGCUCUUUCCAAUUUUAUAAGCCAAUUAGAACCUGAAGUAUUUAAUAGUUUGGUUAAAAUCAUGAAAGAUGUCCAGAAAAAUACUGUGAAAUUUUAUAUUCAUGAAGAAGAAGAAAGUAUGCUCUGUAAAGAAAUAAAGGAAUAUCUUAUCAAAUUAGGCAAUACAGAAUGUCAUCCAGAACAGUUUUUGGAACGAAGAUCAGAAUUAGAUAAACUGUUGAUUAUUAUUCAAAAUGAAGACAUUGCAGGUUUCAUUCACAAGGUACCUGGCUUGGUGACUUUAAAGAAGCUCCCCUGUGUUAGUUUUGCUGGUGUUGAUAGCCUAGAUGAUGUUAAAAAUCAUACAUACAAUGAAUUAUUUGUAUCUGGAGGUUUUAUUGUAUCUGAUGAAUCAAUUCUAAAUCCAGAGGUUGUCACAAUUGAGAACCUUAAAAAUUUUUUGACAUUCCUUGAAGAACUUAGUACUCCAGAGGGAAAGUGGCAGUGGAAAGUCCACUGUAAAUUUCAAAAGAAACUAAAGGAACUGGGCAGAUUGAAUGCUAAAGCUCUGAGUCUGUUGACGCUUCUGAAUGUCUAUCAGAAGAAGCAUCUGGUUGAAAUUUUGUCAUACCACAAUUGUGACUCGCAAACUCGAAAAGCUCCAGAAUUGGAUUGCCUCAUCAGACUUCAAGCUCAGAACAUACAUCAGCGACACAUUGUCUUUUUAACAGAGAAGAAUACCAAGAUGGUUUCCUGCUAUGCAGAUAAUGGAAUAGUGGUUGCAACUGCUGAAGACUUUAUGCAGAACUUUAAAAAUCUUGUGGGUUAUCACAACUCAAUCACAGAAGAAAACCUUCCACUGAUUGGUGCUAAUGAGACUCUUGAGUCGCAGUCAGCUCUUUUAGAAAACGAUGAAAAGGAUGAAGAGGAUAUGUCUCUGGAUUCAGGGGAUGAAAUCUCACAUAUAGAAGUAUUCAGCAAUUUUCAUUCAGAAAUAUUGGCGAAAGAGACCAAAGGAUCACGUGGAACAGAUCAAAAAACGAAUACUCAAAUUGAGUUGCAAUCGUCUCUUAACGUGCAAAAAAGUUUAUUAGAAGAUAAGACUUAUCAAAUUGAUUCUGAAGCGAGAACUUCUGUUGAUAUAGUGUGCUCUGAAGGAGAGAACAGCAGUUCAGCAGAACAGGAUUCAUAUAGCAACUUUCAGGUUUAUCACAGUCAAUUAAAUAUGUCCCAUCAGUUUAGUCAUUUCAGUGUUCUCACUCAUCAGACAUUUUUGGGGACACCAUAUGCCCUUUCAUCAAGUCAGUCUCAAGAAAGUGAAAAUUACUUUUUAUCUGCUUAUGCUCAAAGCUUGGAUAGAGAUAAAUCUCCAUCUCCAUUAAAUUGGGGGAAAAAUGAUUCUUCCAGGCCAUAUUCAAAAGAGAAAUAAUUACAGUAACUUUUUAAAAAAUAUGUUGUUGUGGACCUUUUCUGUUUCUUAAAGUGAAUUAACAAUUUAUAUUUCAUUCUUUAAACAAAAGGUUUCUUGUCCUUUCUCAAAUGUUUUUUCCCUUAUUUAAAUCAUGAUGGCCUGUAACAGUUGAAGCAUCUGAAAAAUUGAAAUAAAUAUAUAUAUAUUUUUAACAUAUAUUGUACUUGAAUUAUCUCAUGUUGGCACUUUUUAAGUUUUUACAUUUAUAUGUCACUUGUACUUGGGCUUCAAAUUGAAGCCUUUUUUUGUUUAUAUGUACAAUUAGAGGUUUGCAAUAUGUAAAAUUAGAGGUUUGCAGAAAGAUGAUAACAGCAUUGGCUUUAGUUUUCUUACUCUAAUAGCAAACAAUACAAGCUACUUUUGCUGAAAUGAUCAACUUGUAUUUAUUUUGGUUUAAACUUUUGUAUGGUGUUUUUACAUAGGUAUAAGCCAGUGAUGUUAAUAAAUAUAUACAGGGUUUUUGGCUUAAUACAUCAGAACUUAUCUAACAGUGUAUUUAUUGGGUUAUCAGAAAAGCCAUGGCAUAAUUUUUCCCUAUGUGUUUCUAUGCAAAAAUGCAUCAUGACUUUUCGGACAACCCAAUUGCUUAACUAUGUAUGUAGGGCUUAAUAUCAGUUAGCAUUUUUAAUC